AUGGGAUCUACAUCUGCUUUCUCCAAUGUUGAGUCGAUCCCCAUGCUAAACGGAUCAAACUUUUCAGAAUGGAAAGAACAUCUGCUACUUGUUCUUGCCCUCAUGGAUCUUGACAUCUCUCUAAGGGAAGAGCGUCCAGAUGCAUCAAAACACAUCGAUGAAGCCAAGCAUUGGGACCGAUCCAACCGCAUGAGCAUACUGAUAAUGAGAUUCCGAAUCCCUGAGAGAUUCAGAGGCAUCAUCCCCGAGGACGUCACAACAGCCAAAGAAUGUUUAGCCGCGGUUGAGAAAUGUUACAUGAAAGAUGAGAUGGCAGCGGCCGAUACGGUCACAAUCGAGUUUCUUUUGACGAAACGGGAGAACGAGAGUGUUAGAGAGUAUAUUAUGAGGAAGAUGAGCGUUGCAGCUAAGCUGAAGAAACUCGGUAUGCAUAUUCCCGAUCCUCUCGUGGCUGAUACGUUACUCAACAGUCUUCCCUCGGAGUAUGAUCAGCUUAAGAAGACUUAUAGGGUUCUAAACAAGAAGUGGUCGACUCAUGAGCUCAUCUCUCACUGUGUGCAAGAAGAGGAGAGAUUGGAAUGGGAAGCCCAAGGAACGCAAUCUUGGUUCUGGUAA